AUGGCUCUGCUGAGUUUUGGCAAUAUCUUGCUGCUCUCUGCAGCCUAUGUCUUGUGGAAGGUACUCUACCAAUUUGUGUAUUAUCGCUUCUUCCAUCCACUGGCCAAAUUUCCCGGCCCAUUCUGGGGUUCCGUCACUCGUCUUUGGAUUACCUACCACAAUGUGAAGGAGGAUGAGUGUCGGGUGAAUCAGGCGCUUCACAAGAAGUAUGGACCUGUCAUUCGUAUCACGCCCACCAUGUUGCUCGUAAGCGACGCAACCAAGUUGCCGGAGAUUUACCACCGGAACGCCAACAAGUCGCAACACUACAUCACUGGCAGUUUCGGGAAGAGUGAAUCGCUGCUCAACAUGCAAGAUCAUGUGAUGAACUUUGCCCCAUGGGCGGUAUACCUUGCUUACGAUAUUGUUUCCGAGGUCGGCUUUGGGCAGCCUUUCGGUUUCAUAGAGCAGGGGAAAGACAUCGAGGGACUUAUUCAAGGAUUCCACGAUGGCCUCGUGCCGUUCGGCAUCCUAGCGCGUUGCUAUCCGUUCACGAAUUGGGUCAAGAGCACUUUUUUGGGGAAAUAUUUAAUUUGGGACGGUCUAAUUGCCCAGAGAUUUAAAGACAUCGAGAAAGGGACGACAGAUGGCCGAAUCGACUUGAUCCAGACUUUCAUCGAAGCCCGCGACGAAGACGGAAACCCUCUGGACCUGGACUACAUCAAAGCCGAAAUUCUUCUCGUUUUGCUUGCUGGAGCUGAUACCACUGGCACUGCAUUCCAGGCUUUUAUGAUGCACAUCAUGACACAUCCUGAAAUUUACGAUCGUCUCAUGGUCGAGAUUGACGAGCAGACCCGAGCUGGUAAUCUUUCGGAGAUGCCUCAGUAUGCAGAAGUUCAGCAGCACUGCCCCUUCUACGUCGCGUGCAUCCGCGAAGCCAUGCGUCUCAACCCCUCAGCACCCAACAUAUUUCCUCGUCUUGCCGGAAAAGGUGGCAUGGAGCUGUACGGAAAGCAUGUACCUGAAGGCGCCGAAGUCACUUACAACCCCUGGCUUGUCCAUCGUGACGAGAAUAUCUACGGCCCCGAUGCCAGUGAGUUCCGACCGGAGCGGUGGUUAGAGAGUGAGGAGAAGACGAAGGAGAUGCUCAAGUAUAAUAUGGCUUUUGGUUACGGAGCCAGAGUUUGCUUGGGCAGAGAUCUGGCAAUGAUGGAAUUGUUGAAAGGACCCCUUCAAUUCUUCAGGACGUUCAAGCCAGAGAUACUCAACAAGAGACAGCCUGGGAAGUAUGUAGUGAAGGGAGGCGUCAGUUUCUUCGAGGAAAUGUGGAUCACCAUCGAACGGCGGCCGAAGGCGAUAUAA